AUGCCAAAUUCUAAGCAAGAUGGGCAUGAUGUUUUAGGCAUACCGAAAGGGAAGGAAGAAAUGAACGAGCUUGAUGACAUUCUAGACGAGCUUGACUUACCUCCCAAAAUCGACAGGCGUGAACAAGAAAAGCAAGGGAAUACAAAGGAUGAUGACAAGAAAGAAAGCAUAGAUGAUUUAAAGAAAAGUGACAACAAUCUCGAUACUUUGAUUGAAGACAUGGUGAACAAGUUUCAUGGGUCGGGGAAUCCUGAUGCAUCAGAAAAAGAAAAAUUGGCAUCAAUGGGUUUAAAUAAUGACGAUGCUCUUUUUCAAUCUAUUUUUGGAAACUCUAAUCCAACUGGAGAUGCCUCCAAUACAGAAGAUAUAAAUUACGAUGCCUUGGAAAAUGCUCUCAACUCUCUCAUGUCUCAAGUGACGAGCAAAGAAAUUCUUUACGAGCCACUCAAGGAUUUGGAAGCGAACUAUACGAAAUUUUUACAAGAUGAAAAAAAUGCAAAGGAUGAGACGUACAAAAACCAAUAUGCAAAGAUUCAAAGAUGUAUCGCCAUCUUUGAAAAUUCGGAUUACCAAGUACAGCGUGACUCUCCCGAAGUUGCCAAACUGGUUGAGGAAAUCCAAGAAGAUCCGCUUCCACCUUCGCUUAUGAACUCUUCUUUUGCAGCGACUGGUUGUCCUUUGCAAUAG